GAGAGCAAGAGAUGGCAGUGGGUAACAUUGUGGACCACUUUGUAUUUUCCUUAUUUCCUCUUACAUCAAAUUGUAUGUGAAUCAUUGGAUAACCCACAGGAAGGCAUGUGUUCUGGUAAUCCUAGGGUGAGAGGGAAUUCAAAUCCUUGUCAAGAAUCUUCUUUUCUACCUUGCACACCAACUGAGUAACAUUUUGCAUCCCUUAAAAAGGCAUCUCUAGGGUCCAAGGGCAUCACCAACUCCAAACAGUGCAUACGCUUUAAUGCAGGGAUGCCUUUUAUGGUAGUACACAAAUGUUACUCAGUCAAUCUGUGAUGUAGAAGAGGAAGAAGAAUUUAUUCAGUUUAUCUUUGAUUAUUUCACUUCCCUUUACCCCUACAUUACAAAAGAACCAGUAUCACAUGGGUUAUGCAGUCAUUCAUAAACAAUUUGAUGCAGAAAGCCAGUGUCGUUAGGAGUGCCUUUGGUGUGGCUAAUUGUUGCUUUCUUUGACACUUUUCUCUCUUUUGCCCAGUAAUCACUUUCCCUUAGAGAGACAAAGCGGGCUGUCAUUAAGAGACAGAGACUGGGGAUUUCCCCUGGCUACUUUCAAAGGAAAAUAGAAGACAAUAGAUGAUUCCCUGCCUACUUUUUGCAAUUACCUGGCAUCUUAAACGUUAGUGACAAUAACGCAAAGUGGUAUUUCCCACUAUCAAACAAAUGGGGUAAGAAAUCCGUGACCACGUCACAAACACUGCUACCACUGUGGUCUUUGCUGAAGUGAGGGAAAACCAGUGAUCCAUAAUACCCUUGAUGUGGUAAAAUGUUACCCCCUGCCACCCCAUCUCUCUUACUUGGUGCUUCAUGAUUGUUACAGAGACAAAUUGACUUCCCCUGCUAUAAAACGUGCAUGGAAGAGGAAACACCCAAACACUGACAUAAGUGCUCCUACCACCUUGAUCAUAGGUGGAAAGGUAGUGGGUGUGCCCUGGAGUAAAAGUAGUCAGAAAUCAGGGUUGUACUAUCCUCGAACAUGGGGAUUAUCCCUUUAACUCUUCUGCCCUUUCCUCAGACCAUGUAAUAUCUGGGUGAACAUUAGGCAGGAAACCUGUAUUUGCCAGCAAGGGUGGGUGAUAAUCCCCAGAAACAUCAUCAACACCUUGACGAGUGUUAAAAGAUAGAGAGAUUCCAAUUAGAUCCCACAACAUCAAAAACAGCUGAUGGCUUUGCCUGCUCACUAGUGUACACUCAGUGGCUUUUAGGUAUUGUUGGGGCAACAACUGAACAAGACGCAAGUUUCACCAGCAAUUUCCCUGAAUGAUUUGUUGGACAACAGUUGAGUCAUUUGCCACUUCCUACAAGCCAGGGAUGAAACGAUGGGUGCUAACGCAGGUGUCGGUUGCAUCUAGAACAACACAAGCAUCUCUGUGGCAGCCUUUUGUACUUGUUGGUCCAAUCUUGAGUAGCACCAUGGGAUCCUUGACUACCUGGUUACCUCAUUUUGCCCUUCGACAGAUGCAGCUGUCUGCCAGGCUAAACCAUUCAACGGACACCUGCCCAUGAACUGUUUUCAAGGGGGCCACGUGAGUGAGUGAAAGAGGAGCAGAAUCACGGACUUUGUUGCAGCCAAAUCAAACUUUUCUCCCAUCACACCAAGGCUGAUUAGGUCUGGUAGUAUGUCUGUGGCUUCAGUCCCAACAUGCCACAGAGGAACUGUGGGAUCCUGUCAAGAAUCUCUGUAAACGCAUGGUCAACAGCCCUCACAAGAUUAAUUGCAAUCCCAAGAUGAGGUGAUUCACAGUGUUCCUUAAGACAAUCAAAUAUAUAGAGUUGAGUCUAUCACAAUCACAUUGUGGAUUCCCACGUCAUACAUAAAUAAGGCCUACAUCUUAAAGACCCUACUUGUUGGGUCCACUGAAAUUUGUACUUCAAGACCCUUGGUCCUCUGGUUACCACAUUCUUCACUUUCAGAGACUCAGUUGUCAGCUUAGCAAAAGCACCAGAAAAACAUUUUCCCAUGGGUUGUUUUCAUAGAGGCUGAAUGAAUGAAGUAAAGAGAAGCAAAAUCCUGGAGUUUGUUGCAGCUGAUUCAAAAUUUUCAUCUACCAAACUAAGGCUGAUUAAGUCUGCUGCUAUAGGAGCUGUCACAAAAUGUAUAAUAAUUUCAAACAGUGAAAACUGUCACUAAAUUAAGGGAGGUAAAACCUCACAGAGGGAAUAAAUAACAGCAGAACUCAGUACAAAUUUGAAUGUAACAUUAGAUCAAUCGAUGAACAUUAUUUUUUCACAUUAACCAAUGCAUUUGCUUGAUUUGUUUUAAGUCGUAUGAAGACUAUUGAGCUGUUACUUGCAUCUGUAGUACCACUUGCAGGGUUUUCAGACAGUUUUGAAGUACACGGCUAAGUUGUCAAAGUAAGCGGCCAGUCCAGGGAUAUUUUGUUUUAAAAAAGAAAUACCAAGCAGAGUAGCGGGCUGAUACUCACCAAGUAGAUGGCGAUGUUCGCCGGCAGCUGAUAAAUAAAUAUUCAUCAAGCACAUGAACAUGGUCUUUUGCAAUUAAUUCAGUUUCAGUAAGCAAUGAAUAAGAAGAUAGAGAAGCAGAGCUAAAGAAAUAAACAGUUCUCAAUGGUAAUGCCAAUUGUCGAUUCACAGAAAGGAAGCUUGUAUGAAAAGAAAUUCAGGUUGACAAUAAUAGCUGCAAUAGGAUUCCCAUGAUCAUUACUGAAAAAACUUUUGACAGACAGGAUCUUCUUCAUAAAACUGCUUGGGUUAUUAAGAUCUCUUGCCUAAUUCCAGCUUGCCAGAAUGAAGUUUCAAAUUUGCAUGUUUCACAUCUGUUACUAUGCAAUGAGUUGUCUUUACUGGUCAAGAAGUUUGCUGCCAAUCCUUUAUAAUAUUCCUUUCGGCGAUUACAAAAAUAGUUAAUGUGUCAUUGAGGUGUGGUAAAGUACCUGAUUGCCUGAAGCUUGCUUUCACACUACCUUGUCUUAAAAAACACUCUUUAGAGACCAAUGAGAUUAGCAGCUUUUGCCCUAUUUCCAACCUUAAAUUUGCUGCCAAGGCAAUUGAGAAAGUUGUAGUUCUGUAAGAGGUCAGUGCAUUAGUUGGGGAAGUCCCUAAGUUCAUAUCAAUGAAAAAUGGUCUAUCCCUGAUUCAGGACCACAUCUGCCUCUGGGGUUUACCACAUAUUAAUCACACUCCUCCAGGCCAUGAUGGCAGCAUUUAAAGUAGGUGCACUUGUGCCAGGGUUUGGGCAUUUCUUUCACAUUUUACGUAGGUGACAAUAGUGGAGCACCAGGUGAGAAUGGUUCAAUUUGACUAAAUUUUUACAUGCGUAAUUUACAAGUGUGGCUAUUGUUUUAAGGCUUAAAACAAUGGUGACACUUGUAAAUUGCACUUGCCAACGUUUUAUUACAAUAUUUCAGUAGUCUUAGGUACUGUGGACCACAUCAACUUGUCCAUGUUGUAGAUGAGAAAAGGGAAACUCCUCGUUUUGUGAGGUAGAGGAACAUGAAAUCAUCAUGGAGUAUCUUUGACCUCCCUUUGGCCUCUUGCAGUAUCUGAGUAUCAUUUGUGUAUUUGCCAUAAAGGCAUCCUGACAUCAACGCAGAAGUAGAGUGUUUUAAGUUGGUGAUGCCCUUGGACCGCCAGGAUGUCUUUGUGGAACUCAGUUACUGGGCAAGAAAAAGGAAAGGGAAGAUUUUCUAUGACAUGUCCAGGUAGUAUCCCAUGUUUCAUUUUAACAUUCAACUUGUACGGACAGUUAAAGAAACAUACACCCAAUGUGGUCUGCAAUUCGCUUUGCAGCCACUCUUUGGUGUCCUUAACUUGGUGUUUCCUUUUGUUGUGGAGGUAGAUUGACAUACUCAUCUGUAAAAUGUAAUUGGAGCACAAGUUCCAAGGUUAGGGCAUUUCGUUUUUCCUGCACAUUUGAUAGAGGAACAGCAAUUUGCUGCAGCAAAGAAAGUAGAGCAGUUGGUGCAAGAGAUGACUAGGGCAAACUGCAACAUUUCACAGGGCGAUUGGCUUUUUUCACAUCCACUUCCGAGUGAUUGGAUGAUCAUCUAAAAAUACUCUAAUUCUCGUUUAUGUGAGUCAUUAAAGAGAACAUGUUCUCCCUCUUGUUUUACCUCUUACAGUAUCUGAGUAGCAUUUGUGUAUUCCCCCCAAAAGACAUCCUGACAUCAAAGUAUAGCUGGAGCAUUUUGAGUUGGUGAUACCCUUGGACCCUCAGGAUUUGUCGUUUGUGGGGUCAGUUACUGUACGAGGUAGUAUAGAAGAGGAAGUGAGGAUUCUCUUUCAUACUUUCAAGGAGAACCCUGUGGGUCAUUCCAACUUUCACAUGCAACUCGAUACACAGAUAGAUGAUGUAAAAGUCAGUGUAGUUUGUCACACCGCGGUGAAUUGUUGCAUCCUGCUGCCCUGUAGUGUCUUUCACCUGUACUUCCUUUCUGUCACUGAGCAGAUGGAAUGCCGCCUUUGUUAAAUGUGUUAGCACUAAUUUCAGGGUUAUGGGAUUUGUCUUUAUGUACAUUUUACAGCAGACGAAUGUCAAUUUGACUGUGUGACCAAAGUGAAGCACUUGAUAAGAGAGACAAAUGGAGACAAAGCACAUUGGCUUUUUCCUCAUCCAGCCCUGAAUUAUUGGAUUACCCAUGGGAUUCACCUCAUUUUUGUUAACCUAAGGGUGGUGGAAAUUGAAAUUAUCGUAGACAAGUUUCUCUGUCCCUUUACCUCAUUCAUUAACUAAUCAGCAUUUAUUUGUCCCCUAAGAGAGCAUCUUGAGUUGAAUUAUGAGUUGGUGAUGCCCUUGGACUCCAGGAUGCUCUUUGGCGGGACUUAGUUACUGUGUGAGGUCGAAGAGGAAUAGAGGAUUCUCUACAAUAAUUUCCUCUGGUCACUGCAACAUUUUUGUAUAGUUAAUGCAGUGUGUGUUUGUAUCUUGUCUGCAAUGGUCUCUUUCACCAAGUGCUUCUCAUUUUCUAUGGAGGUAGUUUGACACCUUCCCUCUGUAAAAUAUGUGUUUAUGAAUGCCCACAGCCUGGUAUGAGAGCUGCUGCUACUGUGAUUAAGGCACCUGAGGAGUUUGUGAUAAUUGCUGUGUGGGGUAUCCACAAGUCACAAGUAGCCCUUAUUCUGAGUUAA